AUGACAGCCGCACCCCCGAAAACAGGCGUACAGCCGCACCCCCCGAAAAAACAUACAACAGCCGCAACCCCCGGGAAAACAGCGGACGCCGAACACCCAGAAAACAGGGACAGCCGCACACCCGAAAACAGAGAACAGCCGCACCCCGGGAAAACAGCGGACAGCCGCACCCCGAAAACAGCGGACAGCCGCACCCCGAAAACAGCGGAACACCGCACCCGAAAACAUAAAUACAGCCGUCCACCCCCGAAAACAGCGGAAGCCGCACCCCGAAACAGAGAACAGCCGCACGCCAAUAACAGCCGGAAAGCCGCAGCCCGAAAAGAGCGGCACCCGCACCCACCGAAAACAGAGAACAGCCGACACCCCGAAAACAGCGGACAGCCGCACCCCGCCCCGACCGAAAAACAGCCGUAA